UUGUGUGUUCCAGAUUGCAACAGUGGAGCUGCUGAGUGACAGACCGGAGACCCCCGGGACCCUGGGCCCUACAGGAUGCAGACACCCACUGGGGAGGAAACAACCCUGACUGGAGGUCUAAAGACUUGUGCACGCUCCUCAGCACCCAGAUCGCCCUCUGAUGGGAAUAGUCCCGGACUGCUUCAGAAGUUUGCCCUCACACGUGGCGUCGGCCGUGUGCAGCGCAGCCUCCUGUUUCACAGAAGCGGAAGUGUCCAGAACGUCUGCUGCAUUCUGAUAGUCGCUGGGUGUCUGGUCGAUCAUGUUGUGAUAGAGCUGAAAGAGGAAGGCUCGCUGUCAGCUACACAUAUGGUCAGACAUGAACGACAGCAGCUUGGCGAACGAGGGCCGGUGGCCGGGCUCCAAGGCCCAGCACUUGCACAUGAUGUCGUACCUGCAGGAGGACUGAUAAUGACAUAUCCUGUGUGGGGGAACAUGUACAGUCUAGACGAGCACACCUACACAGACUCAUCAGCAUAGUAGGGACACUCCAUCUUAAAUCCUCUCUCAAUCAUGGCGUAGAACGUGUGGUCCACCUUGAUGCCUGGGUACGGCGUGACACCUGAAGCGGACAUUUGUACGAAAGGCUGUUUACGCUGUGUGCUGCUCAUUAUCAGGUGCUUAUGUGAGAGGCGAUACCGAGAGAGAAGAUCUCCCAGAGGAGGAUGCCGUACGCCCACACGUCACUCUUCAUGGUGUACAUCCCCUCGAAGAUGCUCUCCGGCGCCAUCCACUUGACGGGCAAACGCACCUGUGAGGCAUUGGAGUCGUUGUCGAUGUCUCGAGCCAAGCCAAAGUCACCAAUUUUCACCAGUCGGCCUUUUGUCACCAACACGUUCCGUGCGGCCAGGUCACGAUGGAUACACUACACACACCAAUGCAAAUCAUAGCAGUUUCACUUCCAAUAGUUUUAUCACUUCCGUCCAAUUAGAUUUCAGGCCUCUGUGUUGCCAGGUAGGAAAAUAAAUAAUGUGUUGAGAAUAUACUGUUACUUCAAGGUUUAUUGUUUGAACAAAAAAUGCACAGUUAUUCACAUGUGCUUUACGCUGGUGCUUACAUUUUUGGAGGAGAGGAACUCCAUGCCUUUAGCCACUUGGAAAGCAAAGCUCAAGAGGUCAUCGAAAGUCAGGGCCUGCAGGUCGUCCGUGUCAUCGUUUUUGGCGCUUUCUGCAUCAGUCAAGAUCAGCGGUGAACUUUUAGUCGGAAUUGUCAAAUGUUUAGUUUGCCUCAGAAGGCACCUUCUGACCUUCACAGUCCGUGUCAUCCAAGCUGUGCUGGAGGAGGGCAAGGUCCUCCUGUCCCCGAGUGGAGGCGGGGUGCAUCGGGAUGUAGUUGUUCACACUGCCCUCCUGCACACUGGUGGCACAAAACACUAGUUAGUUCAGCUUUAAACUAAAUUCAUUACUUUCAAUGGUAAGCUGAAUAGUGGUUUGAUGGCAUCAUCUGGGCAGGGGGUCUUUUAAAGUUCCCAUAUGUGACUACUAGAGGGCGCCAAGUGUGUUUAGCAAUGCGUGAUACCCACCAGGACGUUUUAGUGGCCGUCAGGUUGUUGUACAGGCUGCUAAAGCGGUCCUCGGUGAAUGCGUCCGCCACACACUUGUGGUAACGCUCGCUGCUGUUCUUCAGGUAGUUCAGCAAGUCUCCAUGGCAGCAGAACUGGAAUAUCAGGUAUAUGGGACCUGCACGGGGCGGACAUUAAGCUUAGAGGCAUGAUUUUACACAAGUUUGGUUGAAUUCACAAGGACCCGGGGGAAACAUGCAAACUCCACACAUGUUCCAACUUUGGUGACUGCAUUUGUAGUUGUGUAGAUGUACCCGACUCUGUGCAGGCCCCGAGCAGGUUGACAAUGUUGGCAUGGUGACCAAUGUGAGUCAGCAUCUUCAGUUCGGACAUCAGAGCCUCCUUCUCCACAUCCUGGUGUUUCUCUCAUCUUGACGGCCACCUGCUGAGAGACGCCUGCCUUGUUGAUGCCGUACGCCGUUGCCUGGACCACUGUGCCGAAAGCACCAGAGCCCAGUUCUUUGCCUGAGGAGGACACGAGACACCGAUUGAUCACGACAAGAGUCACUCGUCCGUAAUGCAUUGGGACAUAUUCCCAUCAGGAGCCUCCCAGGCGCAGUACUGCAGCACGGGGUGGUACAACACAUGGGCUUGCAAGCAUGAGCUGAGCGCCUCCCGGGCCGGAAGACUUUUCCUCCCCUCCAGCUGGACUGAGAGGGAAUCUUCAGCUGGGGUAUAGCUGCCACUGUGGGUCACGUUGAUGGAGUUGAUGAACAGAUAGGACAUCUGGAUUUUGCCAUGAAGGAUUUGAAAGCGGAAGGGAAGUCGCCAAUGAAACACGACACCACCUUCCGAUUGAUGGAAAAAAGCUUGUCACCAGUCAGACCAUGGAAAGCUGAAUACCAACCAGUCCAAGUCUUGGUGACCAGAUAGUGAAAACCUCAUGUGAGGCAGUGACCAAGGGGGGAAAAAUGGGGAACAGUUCAGGUUGGCCAAACUCCUACCAGCAGUAUGCAGCACUGGCAGCAGGUAUCCCAAAUGAGAGGCGGUUACCCAGGAUGCAUCGCGUCAUGAGGGGAGCCUGGCAGUAAGCAAAAACAACAACAGGCUACUUUGCAAAGAACGGUGCUGCAUGGAUGGCGACCCGGGAGCUCGCUGUUCCAGGCGUGCAAUGAUAUAGUCCUCAAAGCAAAACAUGCACCCCAGCGCUAUGAUCAACGGCAGCGGCGGUGGUGCCAUGAACAGUGGACUCCCAGCUUCAGCUGCUCCGCUCGGGGGUGCUGGGAUACCCAAUGUCAAGGUGAAGUUUUGCCGUUACUACGCGAAAGACAAGACCUGCUUCUAUGGAGACGAGUGUCAGUUCCUGCACGAGGAUCCGUCCAUGGCAACCCUGCCGUUGCACGGCGGCGGGAGCCCCGUCCCGUUGUCUCUGCCCGGGGGUGGCGGGACGCCAGCGGGGUAUUCCAUCAGCGGCUCCGCGGCCUCCUGCCAGGGCGGCGGGGGGACCGCUGUGUCCAAGAAGACUGAAAGCAUGGGGCCUGCAGGGACGUCUCUGGACGGGUCGCUGUUAACCAUCCCAGGGAUGGAGGGUCCAGCGCUGAGCGAUGCCAAUCUUACCAACUCCUACUUCAGUAGCAGCUUUAUUGGGGUGAAUGGAUUUGGAAGCCCUGCAGAGCCCAAAUACUCCAUGAUGCAGCGAAUAACUACCAGCAGCAGCUCUCCCAGUCUCCUCAACGACGGUGCCAAGAAUUUCAGCCACAGCGCUCAUGAUCCAGUGAACUCACCGACAUCGUCACUGUUCAGCGAUUUUGGUGCUCUCAGCAUUUCCCAAAGGAGAAAGGCUCCCAAUCCGGCAGCAAGUGAGUUCAUCCCUAAGGGAGCUCCUCGAAUGGCCACCAUGGCUCAGUCUUCAGUCCAGGCCUUCCCCUCACCUCUCUUCGCUCACCCAGGCCUCAGCAGCUCCACAGCGGCCGCUCUCGCCCCAGGCAUGUCUUUAUCGGCGGGAUCGUCCCCCCUUCACUCGCCGAAAAUCACGCCCCACACCUCACCCGCCCCGCGUCGGCGCAGCCACACCCCCAACCCGGUCAACUACAUGGUGCCCACCACGGCGUCCGACCAGGGCGCUCACAUCAUCCAGAAGGAGACCGUCGGGGGGACCACCUACUUCUACACGGACAACACCCCAGCACCCAUGGCCGGGAUGGUGUUUCCUACCUACCAUAUCUACCCCCCCACCGCGCCCCAUGUGGCUUACAUGCAGCCCAAAGCCAACGCCCCGUCCUUCUUCAUGGCCGAUGAACUCCGACAGGAGUUGAUAAACCGACAUCUGAUCACCAUGGCCCAGAUCGACCACUCGGAGAACCCAGACGUCCCCUCCGAGGUGGACAGCUACCACAGCCUCUUCCCUCUGGAGCCCCUCCCCCCGCCCAACUGCAUGCAGAAGACCAGCAACUUCAGCUACAUCACGUCCUGCUACAAGGCGGUCAACAGCAAGGACGACCUGCCGUACUGCCUGAGGAGGAUACACGGUUUUCGCCUCGUCAACACCAAGUGCAUGAUGUUGGUGGACAUGUGGAAGAAGAUCCAGCACUCCAACUCUGUAACGCUGAGGGAGGUCUUCACCACCAAAGCCUUUGGAGAUCACUCGUUGGUGUUCUCCUACGACUUCCACGCGGGUGCAGAGACCAUGUUCAGCCGACACUUCAACGACCCAGCAGCUGACUCGUAUUUCACCAAGAGGAAGUGGGGACAACACGAGCCACCGCCACCACGGCAGCAUGCCGGCCUGCUACCCGAGUCUCUGAUCUGGGCCUACAUCGUCCAGCUCAGCUCCGCCCUGCGUACCAUCCACACAGCGGGCCUGGCCUGCCGCGUCAUGGACCCCAGCAAGAUUCUCAUCACCGGCAAGACCAGGUUACGAGUGAACUGCGUGGGUGUGUUUGACGUCUUAACGUUCGACAACAGUCAGACCAACCAUCUUGCCCUGAUGCCACAAUACCAGCAAGCUGACCUGGUGUCGCUGGGCAAAGUGGUGCUGGCGCUGGCGUGCAACUCGCUGGCCGGCAUUCAGAGGGAGAACCUGCAGAAGGCCAUGGAGCUGGUGUCCAUCAACUACUCUUCAGACCUCAAGAACCUCAUACUAUAUCUGCUGACUGAGCAGUCCCGCCUACGCAGCGUCAACGACAUCAUGCCCAUGAUCGGGGCACGGUUUUACACCCAGCUGGACGCGUCGCAGAUGAGGAACGAUGUCAUCGAGGAGGACCUGGCCAAGGAAGUGCAAAAUGGCCGCCUCUUCCGCCUGUUGGCCAAGCUGGGCACCAUCAACGAGAGGCCCGAGUUUCAGAAGGACCCAACGUGGUCGGAAACGGGCGACCGCUACCUGCUCAAGCUUUUCCGGGACCAUCUUUUUCAUCAGGUGACGGAAGCCGGAACGCCAUGGAUCGACCUCAGCCACAUCGUCUCCUGCCUCAACAAACUUGAUGCGGGCGGUCCCGAGAAGAUCAGCCUGGUGUCGCGGGACGAGAAGAGCAUCCUGGUGGUGACCUACUCGGACCUGAAGCGCUGCUUCGACAGCACCUUCCAAGAGCUGCAGGCGGCCGCCUCGGGCUCCCUGUAGCGCCCCCUUCAGGCCCGCAGCACACAAUUGCACUACGGCGGUCGGCCGGGGGCUCGUGGUGACAUCAGCAUGGUGGGGGCGGGGCGGGGCGGGGCUUCGUGAACCUCAGUCACAUACACUGUCCACCAGGAAGGCUUUUUUUCUUAAAGUGUUUUUUUUUCUUCCCUAAAAUCCCUGCAGCGGAAAAAGGAAAAAAAAACAUUACGGACGCUCGGACGCCAUUGAUGACAUUUUUUAGAUUUGGGGAACAAACGCAGAGGCAAACCUUGGGGUGUCUGAACUAUUUUUCCUGCUUUUAUUGUUUGUUUCUACCGCUGGGGGGUUCUCUCUGUGAGGACGAUGCACUAAGAUUUUAAUUUAGCUUAUUUUUUUAUGAACAAGCGUGAAUGGCUGACGAGUGUACAAAGUCAUACACUUAUUAUCUCAACAUCACUUCCACCUUUUGUCCCCCAUGGACUGCAUCAUGGGGGGGUGGGGGGGUGCGGAGGAUUUUUAUUGGACAACACGGGACGCUCCGACACCACCCCCCCAAUCCACCAAGGACAAACCACUGGGGGUGAGGUGCUGAAAACUGGAACAGGGACGGGCAGGGAGGGAGGGUGGGUAACGGGGGUAGUACGUGCACCCCGCCCCCGCUUUUGGAGGGCGGACACUGGGGUGGCACAGGUCACCUCAAGGACAGGUGGCCCCCAUUCUUCGGGUGUCUGAGGUUGAGCCACAGCUGCCUCUUUUUGGAAUGUCCUCUGCUAUCUUCUUUCUACCCCCCCCCCCCCCCCUCCCCUCAUCAUGGAGUUGUUGUGCAGAAGUGCAUCAUGGGAAGUGGGUGACUACCUUUCUAUUCUGUGGACCAAUACCAGCAGGGAUGAAAAGAACAAGGCAGCAUUUUUUUUUAGUUUAUGAUAUGACGAUGAAACUAUAAGCCGGUGAGACCCCCCCCCCCCCUUUACCCCCCCACCAAAAUCAUUGAAUGUGUUCAGGCGUCCUAACGGUCCACCUAUGGUAGAACACGGGCGGGGCUUCUCGCUGAGCUGUGCUGUCAAGGUUCCCUUUAAAGCUCAACCUGGAGAUUAAACGUGACUGAGCCCAAACGCUGCUCUCGGUUUCUCCUCCGCCUUCUCAGUGGACCAAACCAUGGACCUCAAAGUCAUAACACACGCCGACGGGCGAGGACACGCCAAGAACGGCGUCUGGGCUCAGCUGCUUCUGAUCCAGCCGCUGUUUUAAAGAUGGCCGCCGGGGGGUGAGGACGGCGUCGGAUCAUGGACUACUUUCUCUGGUUUUAGCAAAACAAAAACACACUUUGGUGAAUGUGGUGCUUUAGACCCCACCCACCCACCUCCACCCCCAAACACACAAGAUUCCAUGUGCACAAGACUGCCCCCAACCCCCCCCCCCCCCCCCCCCCCCACAGCAUCACUUGACCAGCCACAUGCUAACACACACUCCAGUAAUCAACCCCACAGCAUCCUGGUGUGUUUUUGCCCCUCUUGUGUUCAUCGUCUCAGACUUUGCAAUAUUUGUGUGUACAGCAGUAUUUUAAUAAAGAAGAACUAAAGUGA